ACAUCAGUAGGUUUUCUAAGUUUCACCAACAAGUAUUGCUGAAAACUAAACAAUGUUCCGUCUAGCCGUUGUCGCGUUGGUAGCCCUUGCCGGAGUUGUUCUGUCUUACGAACAUCACGGAUUUAUCAGUGAGGUCAAACACAUCCCGUACAAGUACAUUGGCGGUGGCGGUGGAGGUGAAGGAGGUUUUGGAGGUGGAUUUGGUAUUUCGGAGGGGGGAUUUGAGGGUGGAAUCGGUGGGGGCGGCUUCGAGGGUAAGGAGGAUUAUCACACCUAUCCUAAAUACAAGUACGAAUAUGGAGUCAAAGAUUACAAAACCGGUGACCACAAAAGCCAGUGGGAAAUGCGAGAUGGAGACGUCGUGAAGGGCGAAUACACGCUUGAUGAGGCUGACGGCACGAAGCGGAUCGUGGAAUAUUAUGCCGACGACAAGAACGGUUUUGAAGCUAAGGUGAAAAAUAUCGGACAUGCCAGCGAGGGCUUCGGAGGUGGCGAAGAAGGUCUGGGCGGAGGCUAUCAUGGUUACGGAUACAGCUACAGUAAGCUGAAGAAGUUCAACUGAAUCGAAUCGGGCUGCUAAUAGCGGCACUUCCUAUGAAUAACUUGGCAACCUGCAAAAGGAGACUGACUUGGAUUAUCCCUUCCAUCUUCGCCUGUGUUUAUAUCAGCUCAACUAAACUGCUUUGUCGUCUGUUAAGUGUUACCUUCGCAAACAACUGUGAUCUGUACUGAACAUGUGCGCUAUUCCUCAAUAAAAGAUG